AUGAGCUACACCUCCCCUGCCAAGUUCAGCGACAGCAACGGGCGCUACACGCGCAUCGAUGGGGGCAAGAUCCCCUCGCGGGGUCGAUCUCUCGCAGCCUCUCGGCGCGGCAAGUACUGUCUUGCGGUCGCUGCUGCCGCGGCGUCCCAGUCGACUGCGCGGUCCGGCGACGAUAUGGACUUUCACGCAGCCGUAAUGACGGAUCAACGACGCAGGACCAAAGCGAACGUCCCCACCCUUGACGAGCUGUCGAGCACUGCCGGUCGACGCAGUCUGGCGAUGAUCAUGGACGACACAACCGACCCUUCUACCGGCCAAUCCUCCAGCGCGGCACUAUUCACCUCUCACGUCCAGGGCAUUCUCGCCCUCAUCGGCGUGAUUAUCCUCCUCAUCCUCGUCCGUUUCGCCCGCAUUUCCGUCGACAAUGCAACCUACGUCCGGGGGUCGCUCAACAUGCUCACCGGCCUCGCAGCCACCGCGUCCGCGCACAAGCUGUCUAUGACCGUCGCCGUCUCGUCGCUGUCGUCGAUCAAAAGCGUCAAUUCGGGCAGCUCCAAGCCGCCGUCCACAGCAGUGACGGUGGCAGCCAUGGGCCUAACAGGUGGUCAAGCGUUCAACUUGAUCUUUGGCAGCGACCAGUUCUUCCAGAUCGUCAGCUUCGUGGAAGCCAUCUGCUCCGCCAUCGCGUCCUACAUGUCCGGAAGCAGUAUCGUCACCAGCACAACGGCUUUCAACAAGAACGGCGUACCACUGCUAGAGCUCGAUAUGAGCCAGGCAGGCACCCUGUGGGGAAUCUGUGGAUUGUGGAUCGCAGCGCUCGGUCUGCACGCCGCAACGGCUUUCGCCAACAAGGGGACCAUUCAAACCGUGCAGAUGGCGAGUAACGAGAGUGUACGCGAGAUUGUCGCCGUGAUGCAUACCGAGAGCGUUUACGCUGGCAAGCAGUAG